GCUGCUUGUUCCCACCGCUGCGGAUUGUUGCUAGUUUCCAGCUCCUUUGUCGCUUCUUGCGGGUACUACUUCAUCUCGCCACCCGCUCGUGGGCUGUCAUCUCUCUGUUCAAUGCCUUGGAGCUCCGCAAUCUAGGCUCCUGCUCCUGUCUAACCCCCUUCCCUGUCGCCAACCGUUGUUCUCCUCCAGUUUGUGUAUCAUCCGCACUGAGCAGAAUUUCGCUGGAGCAAAAGGGGUUGCUGAUGCUUUGCGUGCUUGUUUGUGUGAGAAAGGGAGAAAGAGAGAAAGCGAGAGAGAGAGAGAGACUUGAAGGACUUUUGGGAAGUUGUCGGAGGAUCAUAAACCACGCUGCAACUUACCACCGAUUGUUUCAUUUCGCUGCGAACCCAGGUGGUUUGCAAUCGUUGCAGGGCGGUUUCUGUUUGCUACGGCGUGCAUUUCAUGGAAGCGUGAAUUUGAGAACAUGGAUAUUGUAUAGACGGCGGCCGCGAUUCGCUCUGAUCUUCACAUUAGCGCAGAAACCUGCACGUUCUACGGGGACUAGCAGGGCUGAGUGGAAUUAGGCGCGACUAUUAAACAGAUUCGGCUCUCAUUUGGUCGAUCAGGACCGUCGCGAGCAUCUCAAAACUGUGACGAUUAUUGGUCAUCGUUCCAAGUGGUUUGAUCAGCGAGUGUCGGCAGCCGGGUUGAGCUUCUGUCACGAUGUUUUCGAUGAAGAAAUACAUGAAUCCGGGGACGUUUCAACAACGGCACCAAUCAUCUGGCAGUUUAUACAUCCCUGACAAGCUGCAAUUUCCCUACAGCAGUGCCAUGAAUGGAAGCGACAUGGUUCCUCUGAGCCCCGCCGAUCCCAAGCCACGUCUGCGAUGGACCCCCGAGCUCCACGAACGCUUUGUAGACGCCGUCACGCAGCUCGGAGGGGCUGACAAAGCGACUCCAAAGUCCGUGAUGCGUAUCAUGGGGGUGAAAGGGCUGACCCUUUACCACUUGAAGAGCCACCUCCAGAAGUACAGGCUUGGCAAGCAGCUCAACAGGGAUCAGCACUUCCACAACAAAGACAAUGCAGGUUCCUCAGACUUGCAACGAUCCAACUCUAUGUCCGAUGGAAGUCAAAAAUCUCAAAAUCAUCAAGAUGGCUUGCAAAUGACGGAGGCCAUCCAGUUGCAGCUCGAAGUACAGCAGCGGUUACAGGACCAAUUAGAGGUGCAAAAACACCUACAAUUGCGUAUUGAAGCGCAAGGCAAGUACCUGCAAUCGAUUUUGGAGAAAGCAAAAGAAACUCUCGCCAGCCACACAUCAGAAUCACCAGGCUUAGAAGCAGCGCACGCGGAGCUGACGGAGCUGGCCAAUAAAGUAACCACGGUGGGUAUGAUUCCCUUAGGUUUCUCCACUCUCGGUAUGCCUCUCAUGGCUCAGCCCGACCCACUCAUGACCCUACAUCAGUUACCUCGGCAGCCGUCUCGAAAUUCGGACACCUCGUCUCAGAAGAGCUUCCUCACAAACCUCACAGCCAACGCUGAGGAUAGCGGUGGCGUUUCCGGAAGUGCGGAGCCUCAUGGCGCUACCGAGGAUGAGGAUGGUGUUGGGCAGGAGUCUUCUCCACAAUUUCAAGAAGAGAUGAGUGCUAACCGCCUCCGCACGCAGGGAUCCAACAAUGCUAGAGGACCCCAAGCUCGCCUAGCUCAUGCCGCCACCACCACCGCUCUCGCAGGUGUAGUGUCGUCGUCAUCUCCACACUGCAACCCCGUCGCAAACUUCUGGUCUACGAGCUCCUUUCAGAACAUGGCGUCGUCACCCAUGAACGGCGUCCUGUCUGAGGUUGUUCAAGACUGUUCCCCCAAAGACAAUAAUGCCAACCAACUUGCGACCAGUUUGGCCAUGGAGCGGCUGACCUCGCAGCGGGUGGGGAUCCACCAUUUAAGCGACAUCCCCCACAGCUCAAAUGGACUUGGGUCCAUCCACAGCGGCAGCACAAGUACAAGCUACUCUAGUUUGCAGGAUCUCUACUGCGGCUCCGCCGCCACCAUGCACAGCGGCCUUGUCAAGGCGGUGAUCAAUCCCAUGGAGCAGAACCACUUCUUACAAUGUAGAGGUAGCGAGCUUGACUUGAAUUUCGGAUGGGACAGCUACAUUUCCUCGUGAACUUAUUGUACCUGUCCGAAUUCGACCAAGUGUAACGGUCAGUUAGAGUUUGUCCAGGUUGCUGCAACUGGAGCGGUCGGUUGACGACACUCCGAGGUUUCCCCUCAUCGGCGCCACCGAGAUAUUGCAAAGAUUUUCUCGUGGAUUGUAGAGGGAUCUAGUCACAAGGUAGACACGAAGGUCCGCGGUUUGUUAAAGUAGGAAAGUUGUCCAUCAGGUUUUCUUCCAGGCGACGCACGAAACUGGGCAGUUCCUUGUCAAAACACGGACGAAGUCCUGCUCGAACUCGCCUGGAAGGCUCAGUCACAUGAUCAUAAAUACGUAGUAGAUAGACAGAGGGACUCGACAGUCUGUUGUACAGUGAAACUUGACAAAGGUAGACACCAUAAAAGAGAGCAUAAUAUUACGUGACAUUGUAAUGGAUGCAGGGCCAAAAGUGUAGUGUUGGUGCUCCCCAAAUCCGCGUCAUUUGGAUCACUCAACAACAACGGCUUGUAUUAUUCAUGAAAAUCCAACUUCUGUAAGCACGCACGGGUUAAUUAUACACUAAUAAUGACUAUUCAUCUGAAGUCUUGGUUA